AUGUUACUUUGUGGAAAAGCUUCACUAAACGGCGCCGCUUCGGGAUCCGUGCCGGUGUAUCUUAACGUGUACGAUCUGACAACAUUCAACGGUUACGCUUACUGGCUUGGUCUCGGAGUUUACCAUUCCGGCGUUCAAGUUCAUGGGGUGGAGUAUGCAUUUGGGGCACAUGAGCAUGAAUCAACGGGAAUAUUUGAAGGAGAUCCAAAAAAGUGUGAAGGUUUUAGAUUUAGGAAGACAAUAUUGAUUGGAAAAACAGAUAAAGAGUUUGGUGAAGUGAGGGAAGUGAUGCAAAAACUUGGUGGUGAAUACAAAGGAAAUGCUUACAAUUUGAUUACAAAAAAUUGUAACCAUUUUUGCAAUGAUGCUUGUGUUAAGCUCACUGGAAAUUCUAUACCUAGUUGGGUUAAUCGUCUUGCUAGAAUUGGUUUUAUAUGCAAUUGUGUUAUACCAGUAUCAUUGAAUUCAACAAAAGUGAGACAUCAUCAUAGAAUAGAGGACAAACAAUGUGAAGAAGAAAAACAAAUUAAACAAGCAUUAACAAAUGAACCAAACAAAGUUAAUGUUUCAAAUUCAACAUCAUCUUCACCAGCAGCUUCUACUAGCUCUGGAUUAAGAAGAGGAAGAAGUCGAACAAGACGACCUCUUCCUCCAUCUUCACCUUUGAUUGUUGUUUCCUCUUCUUCUUGA